UAACUACAUCAACUAAGAAGAGGCUAACAAAGUUCGAGAGAGGAUUAAGCAACAAUAGGUAUGCUAGACAUAUUCCGUCAAGUUUUUAAGAUUGCAGCCAACCAUUUAACAAUUUAACAAUAAAAUAAGUCAUGCAUUUAUAGAAAAAAUGAUUUUAGGUCAUCUGAAUGACAAAUCUUCCCUGUAGUCGACCUCUCCUUAUAAUUCUUUUUUUUCUAAAACCAACAUUGCUUUCUCCGGCGUCGACUUCUGCUCCCAAAUAAGGAUCCUUUUGUUCAUCCCUUUUGUUUUUACUCUAUGAUUUUGAAUUUAGAGAAUUCGAUGGUGAUCGAUCUAUAUGGGUUUAGAGUAUUUUCUAGAUUUAGAUUAAAAAAUUAUGAUCAUUUUUUCGAUUCAUGUUUUGACGUUGCUUGGUAUAUGCAUGUGUAUAAACAGUGAGAAGGCCGCGCCAUCAAGUGCACUACCACCGCCAGUACCACCGCUACUUCCACCAUUAAUUGCUCCAUCAUCACCAGCGUUAUCAAUUGCACUACCACCGCUAUUUCCACCACUGCCACUACCACGACCAUUAAUUGAACCCUUUAUUUCAAAAUUGUGGCGCACACUGGAUGUGAGGGCGAUGGUUCUUUUGAGCCUGCUCUUACAAAUCGCUCUCUUUGUCUUGGGUAAGCGUAGAAAGCACAGUGUUAGCCUUACCAACAAAGUGAUUCUCUGGUUUGCCUACCUAAGCAAAGAUUGGGUCAGCAUUGUUGCUCUUGGUAAGCUUUCUAAUUCCAAAGUAACUAAGCUUUCUAAUUACCGAGAUGCCAAUUUCACUGCAGAAACUCCCUCUGAUUUUUACUCCAAUCUUUUAACUUCACUAUGGACUCCCUUACUUAUACUUCAUCUCGGUGGCCCUGAUACCAUCACUGCCUUUUCUUUUCAUGAUACCCAGCUCUGGACCAGACAUCUCCUCACCUUAGUUGUCCAAUGCUUUCUUGCCUUCUGUGUCAUUAUUUGGUCAAUGACGGACCUAACUUUUAUCCUUGUUUUCACAAUGCCUCUCUAUUUUGUUGGAAUCAGCAAAUACAUAGAGAGGAUUUUGUGUCUUAAAGUCACCAACUCUAUGAAAACCGAGCAGACCAUCUCCGUCUUUAAAAAUCUUGAUCUUCUAUCUCAGCCGCCCUUACUAGAAAAUCAAGAAUCAAAAUUAGUCCUCCUAGGUUAUGCAUUGUAUACUGCUAUGAGACCGGAUGUCAAUGAUUACCUCUGCCACAAGGAGUAUCCCGCGUCCUUUAAGGUGAGGAUACGAACCUAUCUAAGGAAAACCAACCAUGAAGUCAAGUCAAUUCUAAAAGACUGGCUGGGAAGAGACGAGCUAAGGAGGAGGAGAAGUCGUUUGACUCAUUUCGACAUAGCUGUUGUAGAACUGGGGUUUAUAUUUGAUGUUGUUUACACAAAAGCUGCUUUCAUUUAUACCAGGAACGGAUGCAUCUUGCGCCUCAUUAGUUUCACUCUUUCUACUGGAAUUUUGUUUUUCUUCCUGAUAUCAUUCAAGGAUUUGAUAAAAUACAAAAUAGCAACAGUUGACGUUUGCUUAACAAUGAGCUUGUUGGUGGGAACUGUUGCCCUGGAUAUUUGUGCUGUGCUCUCAAUUCUUUGCUCUGAUUGGGCAAUAAUUUUAAUGCAUGGCAAUUGUUUGGGACGCAAAAUUCCCCGGUAUGUCUUGCAAUACUUUCCUUGCUUGUUACGUCAACAGAAGAGGCGGUCAGCUUGGAUGAGACAAUUUGAUUUGUUGGAUUAUUACUGGAAUUCUAGGAAGGCCAGGGUUUAUACCUUUCUACAAAAGUACUGUAGCUAUGAUAUUCUUGAAAAUUAUCAUAGGUUCAAGCAUACCGGGGUUGUGGAAGUUCCAAGCUGUUUGAAGCCAAAAGAGGUUUACCAAGGGCGACUAGAUUCCUUCUUUUCGGGUGGUUACUUUGAAGCAACAAGGGGGGAAAAGACGCUUGAUGAACUGAACGAGGGAAUAUCUGAUAUAAGUGCUGACCUCGAAUGUAGCAUCAAAGUGGACUUUGAUGCUAGCAUCAUAAUCUGGCACCUGGCCACAAGUAUUUGUUACAAUCAGGAUUCCAAUAAUCCCAACGAAGACAUGGAGAGAAGCAAAUAUUUAUCAGAUUAUAUGAUGUACCUCUUGGUCAUGCGACCUGCUAUGCUAUUGCCUGAGGAUUGUAGGAGUUUUUGGUUGGAUCAUACUCUUGAUGAGCUCAGAGACCCAUUCUCUCUGGUAUCAAAUAAGGACGCUGCUUUCAAUUCACUGGUGUCGAAUCUGCCCGAAUUCAGUCCCCAGACUGCGAUGGAGAAUCUGCCAAAAUAUGCAGGAUACUUGGCCACAAAAUUGAACCAAAUCACAAAUAAAUGGGGGCUGAUAAAGGCAAUGUGGAUUGAGAUGCUUCUCUACGCAGCACAUUCAUGCCAGCAUGCAAACCAUGUUAAGCAGUUGGGACAAUACAGCCGGGAAUUCCUUACCACAAUCUGGGUCAUGGGAGGUCAUCGUAUCAUAGAAGAAGCGACAGAGGACUAGCCAUUAUGGCCUCAGGCUUCGCUGCAGGGAAUUUAUGGGUGUUCUUGUUGUGUGUUUGAUUAAGUGUGCAAAUCUUGAUGCAAUUAGUAUCUUUGUUUCUUGUGUAAUCUAGUUCUUGAACAUGAAAUAAAUGUCGGACAAUUAU